AUGGGCAACUCGUCGAGCCGUUCGCACGCCUCGGACGAUGGCAUCACGCCAGGAGGCUCCCGGCGCUCGGUGACGGCGCCUCACACCGACCUGGCGCCCCCCAACCGGCGUCCUAGCGGAAUCUUGACCACGUGGAAGGCGGACAAGUCGCGGCAGUUCGUGCUCAGCCUCGGGCUGGAGAAGGCCGAGGACUGGGCCGAGCAGAUCGAAAUUCGCAACAUCACGGGGCAGAUGCUCAAGGACUGGCUCGAGCUGGGCUGCCUGGAGCACCGCAUGAAGCAGCUGCCCGUCUUCAACUCCAGCGACUACAAGCUCAUCGAGGAGGGUCUCCGCGAGGAGGUGGAGGGCAUGGACGGCGUCCACCUCGUCGAGCUGCGGAACGUGGGCAGGAGCGUGCACAACACCUGGCCGCGCGGCCAGUCGUCGCAGGACCACGUCGUCGACCCGACGUCCUCCGAGCGGCCCGGGGCGCGCCGGCAGUCCAUCAUGGGCGGCAACGACAACGACUCGCAGAGUGCCCGGGCCCUCGCCCAGCGCGUGGCUGCCCGCGUGGCGCUCGACAACAUCGCCAGCGCCUCUCCGACCGUCUCCCGCGCGACCGGCAUCUACAAGGAGGCCACGGGCAAGGGAGGGCGGUCCGGGUGCGAGACGGAUCCGGGCGCGGACACCGCGUCCAGCGCCGCGAACAGCGGCCUGUUUGCGCCCGCCAACUCGGGCCACCGCGCGCGCGCCUUCGAGGGCGCGUCGCGCCGCCGCGGCGGGGCCGCGCCCGCGCUGCAGGCGCAGACGGCGUAG